AUGAAGUUCAUGAAACUUGGAUCUAGACCUGAUACUUUCUACACUACUGAGGCUGUCAGGUCUGUGUCAUCAGAGGUUUCUAGUGAUCUAAUAGUUCAAGUGAAAGGAAACCGAUAUUUACUUCACAAGUUUCCCCUGCUGUCCAAGUGUUUGCGGCUGCAGAGGUUAUGUUCCGAAAUCCCCAAAACUUCACAGCAUCAAACUGUCCAAAUCCCUGAUUUUCCAGGAGGGGUUGAGGCUUUUGAAUUGUGCGCUAAAUUCUGCUAUGGCAUUACGAUCACUCUUAGUGCCUACAACAUUGUAUCGGUUCGAUGUGCAGCAGAAUACCUUCAAAUGACUGAGGAUGUUGAGAAGGGAAAUCUAAUAUACAAACUCGAAGCGUUCUUCAAUUCUUGUGUACUUCACGGGUGGAGCGACUCGAUUAUAACGUUACAGAGCACGAAAGCCUUUGGUAUAUGGGCCGAGGAUCUUGGAAUAACGAGCAGAUGCAUUGAUGCUAUAGCUUCUAAAGUUCUUGCACACCCCUCAAAGGUGAGUUUGUCACGUAGUUACACGAGAAGGGGUCGAGAUGAUAUAUCAUGUAAUGGAUCAGAGAUUUUGAUACAUAAACCUACUACGAAAGGCUGGUGGGCUGAAGAUAUAGCAGAAUUCGGCAUAGAUCUUUAUUGGAGAACAAUGAUAGCCAUCAAAUCCGGGGGAAAAGUCCCCGGUAAUCUGAUUGGUGAUGCGUUACGUAUUUAUGCAUCCCGUUGGCUACCAAACCUAUCGAAAUACAUGAACAUCGAGAAAGAAAUAGAAUCUGAUCACGAGUUGGAUUCUACUCAGGUGAUAACUUCAAAACAUAAGCUGCUAUUAGAAUCAAUUAUUAGCCUAUUACCAGCGGAGAAGGGUGCAGUUUCGAGUAGUUUUCUUUUGAAAUUAUUGAAGGCAGUUAACAUAGUAAAAGCUUCUUCCUCUACAAAGAUGGAAUUGGCAAGAAGAGUUGGAAUUCAAUUGGAGGAUGCCACUGUUAAUGAUUUGUUGAUUCCCUCUUUAUCACACACGAGUGACACAAUAUAUGAUGUCGAUGUAGUCAGGACAAUAUUAGAGCAGUUCAUGUUACAAGGGCAGAGUCCCCCUACAAGUCCUCCUAGAACCCGAAGGAAUUUUGAAAGGCUAAGGUCUCGUUCGGCAGAAAAUGUUGACUUCAAUUUUCAAGAGAGCCGGAGAUCAUCUUCUGCAUCACAUAGUUCCAAACUCAAGGUGGCAAAGCUCGUUGAUGGAUAUCUUCAAGAAAUAGCCCGAGACGUAAAUUUGCCUCUAUCAAACUUUCUUGCAAUUGCAGAAGCAGUUCCAGAUUUCGCAAGGCUCACACACGAUGACCUUUACAGAGCUAUUGAUACAUACCUCAAGGGACAUCCCGAACUCAACAAGAGUGAAAGAAAGCGCUUAUGUCGAAUAUUAGACUGCAAAAGGUUAUCUGUGGAAGUUUGCAUGCAUGCUGCACGAAAUGAGAUGCUCCCUCUGAGGGUAGUAGUGCAAGUUCUUUUCUGUGAGCAAGCACGAGCUGCGACUGCUGGUGGCCACAUAACCGAGCUUCCAAGCAAUAUCAAAGCACUUUUAUCGGCUCAUAACAAUCCGGGAAAGCCUACAGCAUCAUUUAGUACUAAUGCAACAACGGCAGCAGAAGAACAAUUGAGUGUCUCGGGACUCAAAUCACCAAAAUCCAAGGUCUCGACCACCCUAAAACCGAAGUUGGUAGAAAACGAGGACUUAGAUGAAAAUGGAGACGAAAAAUCUUCAAAGGCCAAGACUUUGUGUACGCUUCCCAACAGACCUAAAAGUAUGUUCCGUAGGCUAUGCUCUAUUAACAGAAGUUACAGAACUCCAAGUCAUUAG